AUGGGCGACGAUGCAAACGUCGAGGCGAUCAGCAAUGUGCCAAAAACCAUUCCAACAGCAACGCCGGGAGGUGUCCCGCUGACCUCAUCCCAAGACGCUGCUCGAUCAGCCCCCGACGCCGGCCCCCUAACCGCAGAGCCUCACCACACGAGCCUUCUCGGGCGAAUAUGGACCGUUAUCAACUGGAUGCCUCCAUGGUGUCGCUGGGACAAGGAGAAGCCGCCCGAGUUCUCCAUGGGCCUCAACGUUCUCUUCGCUUUUGCUGGUGCCUUCACUGUCGCCAAUCUCUAUUACAACCACCCCAUCUUGAACAUCUUGGCCGAGGACUUCAACGUCCCCUUCCUUACCGUGUCCCGUGUCCCGACACUCAUGCAGGCCGGCUAUGCAGUCGGCUUAGGUCUCGUGUGUCCCCUAGGCGACCUCUUCCCGCGCAGACCAUACACUCUGGGACUGGUCUUCCUUACGGCGACUCUUUGGAUCGGUCUUUGCGUAACCCAUGAUUUCAAUGCCUUCCUGGUCAUUUCAUUCAUCACCGCCAUCACCACCGUCACGCCUCAGAUCAUGCUGCCUUUGGUCGGCGAGCUGGCACCGCCCAAAAAGCGCCCACUCGCUCUCUCUAUCGUUGUGUCUGGCAACAUGAUGGGUAUCGUCCUUGCCCGCAUCCUCUCCGGCAUCGUCACCCAGUACACCCACUGGCGCACCAUCUACCUCAUUGCCCUGGGCCUGCAGUAUCUGAUCUUCGCUGCUCUGUGGCUAUUUAUGCCCGACUACCCCUCCUCCAAUCCCGCAGGUAUCAACUACUUCCGCAUGCUCUGGUCCAUCUUGCUCCUCUGCCGAAAGCAUGCCGUCCUCGUCUACGCUGGCGCGGUCAGCUUCUGCAUCUCCGGAGCCUUCAUGAACUACUGGACCACCAUGACCUUCCUGCUUUCCUCGCCUCCUUACCAAUACAGCUCCACCGUCAUCGGUUUGUUUUCUCUGAUCGGCAUUGCUGGCAUGGUCCUCGGCCCCCUGUACGCGAAAUUCAUCAUCGCCCCCAUCACGCCCUGGGCUGCCGUCAUCAUCGGCGCAGCCAUCAACCUCACCGGCAUCGUUAUCGGCACCUACACCGGUACCUUCACCGUCGCCGGCCCCAUUUUGCAAGCCUUUGGCCUCGACGCCGGCAUGCAAUUUACUCAGAUCGCCAAUCGUACCGCCAUCUACUCGGUCGAGCCCACCGGUCGCAAUCGCGUCAACACCGCCUUCAUGCUCAUGACUUUCCUGGGCCAACUGACCGGCACAUCGGCGGGCAACAAGAUCUAUGAGUUGGGUGGCUGGCGCGCCAGCGGCAGCUUCAGCGUUGGGCUAAUGGGACUCAUCUUUGUGCUGUCGGCCAUGCGCGGGCCGUGGGAGCCGCGCUGGCUGGGCUGGCAUGGCGGCUUCAGCUUCAGGAAGCGUGAGGGCUGUGGGAAUGCAGAGGAGUUGGCGGCAUUGCGGAAGAAGCAGGAGCAGGAGCAAGAGAAUGAGCAGCAUGAUUCGGCUGUGCAGUUACAACAGCAUGUGCAAGGCGAUGCUGAAAAGGGGAGCGUGCGGUAA